GGAUCUCCGGAGCUCCGUGGCCCCCGGACGCCCCGCGCAGACCCGACCCACCAUGGCGCGUCUGAUCCUGCCGUGUCUCCUGCUGCUUGUAUCCGCGCGGACGGCCCUCUCCUCCGGGGUCUUCGAGCUGAAGAUCAACUCCUUCACCAGCACGCGCGCCGUCUGCAGCUCCCCGUCCCGGGACUGCCAGGUGUUCUUCCGCGUGUGCCUCAAGCACUCCCAGGACGUCAUCAACCCGGAGCCGCCGUGCACGUACGGGACCGCGCUCACGGAGAUCUUCGGUGCCGACUCGGACUCCAUCUCCGGGAGCGCGCCCAUGAGGGUGCCCUUUCACUUCAAGUGGCCGGGGACCUUCUCUCUGAUCAUUGAAGCCUGGAACGCGGAGUCUUCCGGACUCGAGUCCACAGAUGCCAAUGCAUCCACCAAAACGUCUCUGAGUCUGAUGUCCCGUCACAGGGUCAACAUGCUGCACGGGUCCAUGCAGCAGAACAUAGUGUGUGAUACCCGUGUCUUACUCUCCUCCUGUCUCCAAACUCCAGACCUGAACUACUGCACCAACCACAAGCCGUGCCAGAACGACGCGUCCUGCACCAACACCGGCGAGGGCAGCUACACCUGCACCUGCCGGCCCGGGUUCACCGGCAAGAACUGCGAGAUCGAGACCAACGAGUGCGACAGCAACCCCUGUAAGAACGGCGGCAGCUGCAAAGAUUUGGAGAACGACUACUCGUGCGAGUGCCCUCAGGGUUUCUACGGGAAGAACUGCGAGAUCAGCGCCAUGACGUGCGCCGACGGGCCGUGUUUUAACGGGGGAACCUGCGUGGAGAACGACGGCGGCGGGUACAGCUGCCGCUGCCCCCCAGGCUACACCGGCUCCAACUGCGAGAAGAGGCUCGACAAGUGCAGCAGCAACCCCUGCGCUAACGGCGCUCAGUGUCUGGACCUCGGUAAGCACAUCGUGUGCCGCUGUCGGCCCGGCUUUACCGGGUCUCGCUGCGAGACCAACAUCGACGACUGUGCCGGCAACCCCUGCCGCAACGCCGGCACCUGUCUCGACGGCGUCAACGACUUCACCUGCACGUGCACCCUCGGCUUCAGCGGCAAGGACUGCUCGGUGCGCGCCAGCCCUUGCAACCAUUUCCACUGCGACAACGGCGGCUCGUGUUACACCCACUUCACCGGCCCCGUGUGCCAGUGUCCGCCGGGCUUCAUGGGCGCACGCUGCGAGUACAGCGUUACCAGGACUACGACAAAACCGCCCAUAAAUGCCGACAGCUCUCCUGCGCUGAUUGCAGCUGUCGUCCUCGGGCUCGUGACGCUGACUCUGCUGGUCUUCGCCGCCAUCCACGUUCUGCGUCAGCUCCGACGGGGCAGGCGGCUUAUGGCUAUUACCACAUCGGUGAAGAACGACCUGGAGACGGUCAACAACCGCAACGCGGUGAUCGGCGGGGGCGGACCCUACAGCGGGAGCUUACCCGGAGCGCCGCUGGGCAGCCUGCGAGAGAAGGAGUCCUUCCUCAUCAUGGGAGGACAACUCAAAGUGUCCAACAAGGACGCAGCGCUGGUGGAGAACGGAGGAGACAACAUGGCCAUUUUUAAAAACAAAAUGGCCGACUGUAACCUGGCGAAAGACGAGCAGCGGUUGGCCAAGAACAAGUUUGACCUUAAGAAGUGUGACUCGUCCAUCAUCGUCCCUCCGCUCAGCUUUGCAAAGGACAGCCUGUAUCAGAUGGAGCAGUGUGUGUUUGCUACUGAGGUAUAACCGCCGGUUUCACCAGACCGCCAGCCGAGG